AUGAUGAAUUUCGAUAAUCUCUUUCGAUGUUUUAUAUUAAUUCAAUCAUUUGUACGUGGUUGGAGAAAUCCAUUUCAUUUACAAGAAAUUUUUACCUAUCGACGUGAAAAAAUUGGUAAACAAAAAGGUAAUCAAAAUUAUAUAAAUGCUCGAUUUCGUUCACCACUUGUCAAUUAUUUACCACAUUUGGUAAUAGCUACAGCUCAUUUUCAACUUGUUCUAUCACGUGAUCAAGGUUUUAGUCGACGAAGGUUAUUUACUGCGGUCCCAUUAAUUAAUCAAUAUCCUAUAGGUUCAAUUCUUCUUGAAAAUUCAUAUUAUGGUUUAAGAAAACCACCAGAUCUACUUUAUUGGUGUCAAAAAAUGAAAUUAACAUCAGCUAUUCUACAUGGUUUUUCCCUUGGUGGACAUAUGGCUUCAUUAAUAUUUACAAAAUGGCCUGAUUCACCUUCUCGACAAUUCUAUGAAAAUAAAGCCUCUCAAACAUUUUAUGAUUAUUUACCUGAAGGAAAUCGAUCAAUAGUUUCAAAUAAAAUUGUUCUCAAUCUUAUUAAAGAUAUGAUGCGUCUUCUUAUCGAUGAAUUUAUAUCUUUAUAUAAUUAUUCACGUUCAGUUCAAUCAAAUAUAUCUAAUGGGAUGUUUAUUGCUUGUACACAGGUAAUUCAUUCAAAAUAUCGACAACGACCAACAUCAUUCAAUCGGCAAUAA